ACGGCUGUCCAGAGGUUAGAAGUGAACCGCUUAGCCAGCCCUUCACUCCCUGGCCUCCCUUGUCUUUCUGGCUUCAUCAUCUGUAUUCUUCCCCUCUCCUCCUCCCCUCACGAUGCCUCCCCUGUGACAUCGUGACUCCACCAAUACUCAACUUCCAGUUGCCAGAACAUGCCCUGUGCUUUCCCGUCUGCAGCCCUGGCGGAGUCUUCUGUCUGUGGGCCCACCCUUCCUUGAGCUCCUGCAAAUACAGAUGAGCCCAGCUCCUCUCUGAAGAUUCCCCUGAUGCGUGCAACUCCCAGCGUGCUCUGUAGGCAGCUUUAAUAGCCUAAGUCUCUCUGCGGUGGUCAUUUGUUUAACUUGCCAGUGCGUUUGUCUAGACUCUAAGCCCCUUGAGGGUCAGGCCCAGGGCUUAGUUAUACCUACAUCCAGAACAGACUGAGGUCGAUUUACCCUGCCACUGGGGGGGACAACCUGGGUCCAGUGAGGUUAAUCAGUCUUCCCAAGGUCGGGUCUGCUGACCCCACUAAUCAGCUUGAGCCUCCUAAUCCGUCGCCAGCAGGAGCCUCAGGAUGGACCGCAGGGGCUUGGGAGAGCUGGCAGGGGCCAUCUUGGCCCUUUUCCUGCAGACCCGGUCUGGAGGGGAUGGGGCAGCUGAGCCAUGUGCACUACCCUCUUCCUGCUCAGCACCUUGGCCAUGCUCUGGCGCCGCCGAUUCGCCAACAGGGUCCAACCAGAGCCCAGUGGGGUAGAUGGAGCAGUUAUGGGCAGCAGCUUGGAAACAGACCUCCAGUCCUCAGGCAGAGAGAAAGAACCUCUGAAGUAAGCCCUCGCCUCUUCAGGCGGAGCUCAGCCCCAGGGCCCGGGAUCAGCUGGCAGCUCACAUCCUGGUGUGCCCCCCACCCCCGAAGGACGCCGUGGCGGAAGGAGCUGCAGGAGGGAGACUGGGGAAAGCAGCUGUUGAGAAGACCUUCCGCUCUUGCUGGGAAACGGGCCUCACGGAUACAAGAUGGCUUCGGUGGUCUCAGGCAUCUCCUCACGAUGUCCCAAAGCCGGAAGAGAGGCUACUGUUAUUAAAAACUAGAAAACGUUCCCAAACCUGGCAGAACUGCGCCGCAGACCCUUUCCUGAAACCAUUCCUGGCAAAGGGAAUAGCUUUCUAUGGCCGACUAAUCAAGAUGCACUCCUUUGGGCAGGGCAGGGGCUUGCCCAGUAGCUCUGCUGUUUGUAAGACGGAGGAAGGACAGCUGCAGGACUAAGAGUGCCUGCCACACGGGUGAACUUCCCGGGAUAUCACUGGUGCAACUGCUCCCAUUUAAGCAGCCAGCUGCUUGGGCUAUACCUACCCUCCUCAUGU